AUGAUUGCUGCUCAAACCGUUGUUCCCGUGCAACCUCAGGGACAAUUCAUUCCACCAGGUUACUUCGAAUACCCUUCUCCAGUCCAGGCCCCAUUGACGCCGAUCAACGCCGCUGUGGACGGAUAUUACGGUUAUAAUCCAUACCUCAUACCCGGUGGAUCUGGCAUUCCUCAACAAACCCCAUUCGCAAAUGUACCAUUCAAUCUGCCGUAUGGUCCAGGAGUUCCCGCACAAAACUCAUUCAUCAAUCCGGCUUACAACAAUGUUGUGCCUCCGGGAUUUCCAGCAUUCUUGCCUCCGCAGUUUCCUUAUCCUGGUUUUCAACAAGUUCCCCCAUUUGUUACCAUGCAACAGUUCUCGCAGUCACCACCUCCUCUAGCCGGUUCUCCGCCAGUCCAACAGCAGAUUGUCCAGCAUGGUCGUCCUUUUUCGGAUGCAGCAGCCGUUUCGUUCACUAGUUUUCAGGGACGACCGAGCAACUCGUCGGGUCCAAUAGGACAAGGAGUCAACAGUGGAGUACCGCGACCGGUAGUGCCAACGCAAACGCCGUAUGUGAAUAGCAUCAACGGCAAUACUCAGACAGGAGGCUAUGGAUCUGCGUACGGACAGUUUGUGCCUGCUGUUGGUAACACUUUGAAUCCAGCAGCCGCAGCAGGGGCAGCUUCACGGCCGAGCAGUAGUCGGUGA